UCAAAACAGAGAACAUUGCAAGAAUAAUCAGAGCGGUAAGCUAAAUCAAUCAUCAAUCACUUCAAAUCUCUUGCUCUGACUGUUUUCUCGAUCAGUCCAUCCCGCCGAAGUGGUGAAAGGGAGAGUCAAGCCUGUAACGAAGAGAUGUCUGCAGGAUAUAACAUGAAGUAGUUCAAACAAAGCAAGGGAUUACAAACCGGGUCUGACAUCACCGAAAUUCGACUAUUUUGGAAGAUUUCAUUUUCCGCCUUGAAAAGAUAUCUACAGCAAAUAUCAAGAAGUAGUUCCAACUAGUCACACAUUCCCACAAUGAAUGGGACGACAGAACAACCGAACGCCCUACAGAUUAUCUCUGUUGCGCAACUGGUAUUUUACAUCAUGGUUUUUGUGGUGGGUGGGGUCGGGAACGGUUUGGUUCUUUUGAUCAUCAAGACAAAAAAACCUACACGAAAAACCAACGACAUUUUCAUCCUUAAUCUUGCACUUGGCGACAUACUAGUGUUGUUCGUUAGCAUCCCCGUAGACCUUUACAACAAGGUGUAUUCUAUGUCGUCUGGGAUACUUCAUUGUAAGUUUCUAUGGCCUCUCAUGACAUCAGGAUUAUUUACAAGUGUAUUUACACUGACUUGUAUGGCCAUAGAAAGAUCCCGUGUUAUAUGUAGACCAACAGCAUCCAAACUAGAAGGCAGACGACUUUUGGCUGUCAUUAUCAUGAUAUGGGUUGCGGCUGUGCUAUGUGUAUUACCGCUGGUCAUUGUAGCUGCUCCUGAUCCAAUGAGCGACUCCUGCCAGGAAAAGUGGCCGAGUGACAAUAUGAGAAAGGUUUAUACAGCUUUAUUAGUUGCCCUCCAGUACAUCCUGCCACUUACAAUUAUAUCCAUUGCCUACUCAAUGAUAUCUUAUAGACUCAAAGUCAGUAAACGAUUUAGAAUAAGCAACAUGGCUAACAUUUCUUCAAGUCAUCUCCAACGACAUUGCAUUGAAAACUCGAAAAUAAACAAAAACCUAAGAACAAUAGUCAUUUUGUUUGCUAUUUUCAUGCUUCCAAAGCAUAUUGCAUGGCUUUGGUUGGACUUUGGGCAGGGUGACCGUUAUCAACACUUUGGGCAGGUGCUAAUAUUUGCCGAGGUUUUCCUAUACAUUCACAGUUCUUGUAAUCCUUUAGUCUAUGGAACGAUUAUGAAAGAUUACCGAGCUGGUUUUAAGCAGUACUUUAAAAAACUAUUUACAAUAUGCUGCCACUGCUCGCUCAACAAAACCUCUCCAGCAGAAGACAAAGCUACCAGAAGAAGACAAGACACCAUACCACACCUCUCUCCGCAGUCUCAUUUACAGAUGUCUAUCGCUGAAGGCCAGGACUUCAGACAACAAGACACCAUACCACACCUCUCUCCACAGUCUCAUUUACAGAUGUCUAUAGCUGAAGGCCAGGACUUCGGACAACAAGACACCUUUCCACAUCUCUCUCCACAGUCUCAGGAAACCGUGGAUAUAUGAUGAAUGAACAAGUGAUAAAAAAAAGCAUGCGACUUGAAACCACAAAUA